AUGAAGCCAAAAGUUUCCAAAUACUUCUCUCCUGCUGCUGCUCGAGAAGACGUAUUAGCAGCAGAAGCAGCGAAGACCAUCGAUUCUCCUUCUGCCAAUAUUGUUUCGUCUUUAAACGCCUCGUGUAUUGCAUCAAAGUCCUUCAUCGAAUGUUACAACAAAUGUGAAAUCGAUUUCCAAUCCUUCCUGGAAGCGGCAAAAAUCAAGGCGGAUUACGAGAAACACGAGAACGGUUUGGAGAUGAUUUUGAAACACGCAGAAGGACUUAUUUUCGAGAAAAAAGAGUUCUUCGAACGAGAGAAGGAAGAGAGACGUAAGCGGCGUCAUAAAAGCCGGGUGAAUCGCUCUGAGGAAGAGGAAGAGGAAGGCGCAGAUGUGUUAGGGUUUAGAGAAGGCUUUGAGGGUGCAGACGAAGAAGCGACUGCGAGAAAGCGUUUAGGACGUUUACUCAAAGACACGUUGGAAGAGUUGCACCGAUUACACGUGAACGCGUCGUGCAGAUGCUCGACUCGCGCGCCGAGAGUGAAAGAAGCGAGAGAUAAACUGACGUCGUACCGAAGGCGCGCCAGAGAGGCGUACAAGACGGUUGACUUUGAGAGGUACGAGACGGAUCUGAGAGACCGGUUUGAAAAGAAACGGAAGAGGGAAGAUGCGGAUGCGUUUGCAAAGUUUCGAAAGAAUCCUCCGAAAUCGAUCGAGGAGAUUCGUACGUGUUGCGAGUUGUUCGUGAGAAACGGGCGGUCGCCGCACCAUUUGUGCCCGCACUUGUGUUACUAUCGCGAGUACGAGCCGGCGAGGCAGUUGUUCGUGUUGAGAAUCGCGUGUUGCGAGAAGUUUGGGAGCGCGAAGAAGUUGGAAGGAUGGACGUCCGAGUUAGCUUUGAAUAAUAGCACGUCUAUUAGUAAUAGCGCCGCCAAUAGUAGGGAGCGACGAGGUAGGAAUUCCUCAUUUUCGCCUUCGCCGAGGAAAGAGUCGUCGUCGCAACUCUCCUCGUACGCGGUGAACAAUUCAAACAGCGUCCUCGGAUCUGGGUAUAAAUCGUUUCCGUGGAAAGUCGAGUUUAAAAGUCCAAGCGGGGAGAUAUUUGCUACCGCGGAGGAUGUUUUGAAAGCCAUAUCCGGAGAAGACGGUGAUACGAAUACUACUCAUCAAGCCGCGUUAGCGGUGGGAAAGAGUCAACCCCCGGUAACGAAUCCGCAAGGCAUCUCCUUCCCGCGAUCUUCACACGGCGGGUCCGGGAAACGAUUGCCCGGAGUCAAAGAGCACGGGUUAGAACAAGACGUGGAGAUUUUGAGAGCCGCGUUGUGGAAGGCGUCCGACGACCAAGUGCACGCGUCUUCGCCGGUCAAGUUGAGACGGUUAGAAGCGGAAACGGAAGGGUACGAACGGAGUCCCAUGCAAUUGGCGCCUCCCGGGAAAGGGUUCGUGGAGAGUUGCGGAGACGUGGUGACGUUGAAAGUUAUCGAUUACGAUAACGAUGGUGACGAUUCAGACGACGAAGAGGGGAGAAUGUUGUUCAGCGAGAGCGAGUACGAUACGGACGGAGAAGAUUUGGAGAGAAGAGGAGGAAGAAGAAGAAGAAGAGAAGACGCGCAUCAUAAUCAUCAUCAAGACGCGUUCGAUGGCUAUUUUUACGAGGACGAAGAAGAAGACGAUGAUGUCGUCGUCGCUGAUGAAAUCGUGAACAUCAGAAAGGAGGAGAAUAAGAAAGAGGAGCAAAAGGAAGAAGAAGAAAAAUCGAAAGUCUUGGCGUAUGACGACGAGAGCAAGAACAAAAACCCAAGUUCCUUUGAAAAGGUGAAAUCAAUAAAGAAGGAAAGAAAAGUCCAAGAAGCCACUUUUUAUGCCGCCAAUAAUGGCGACGGACCAUCCGCCUUUGAAAAGGAAGAAGAUUUUCAUCAAAGCGAGGAGAAGAAACUGCGCAUGGCGCAACUGAACGAAACGAAAAUGAUACACUCCUAUCACUCGUCGAAGCUUUUGAAACUGGAAAGCGAACCGCCGUUGGUGAGUAAGUUCGACGACGAGGAUGCGAUUGAUGCGUUCUUUCUCAGAAAGGAAGAAGAAGAAGAAGAAGAAGCCGUUCAAAAUCCUACGACGAGACAACAAUCCUCUGUUAUCGGCGGUUCACAAAGACACUUCGUCGUCCCGCCAAGAUCUCCGUUCGGUCUCCUCGAGGAAAUCUUAUGGAGAGACGACUGGAAACUUUUAACCGCGUGCAUGAUGCUGAACUGCACGACGCGAUUGCAAGUCGAUCGCGUCUUGUGGGAGUUGUUUACGUUAGCGCCGACGGCGGAAGACGCGGUGAAAUUAGGUGAAACAGAGCGUGGGAUUGAAUUGAUUGAAAAAUGUUUAGCGACGAUUGGAUUGCACAGAAAACGUGCGAGAGCGUUCGUGAGGUUAUCGAAAGAUGUGGUUGAAGCGAGACGAGGUAAAGAGAGCGCUUUGUUACGAUUAGGAGGCGAAAGCAAAUUAGGAGACAAAGAUCAAAUCUUGGCGUUGGAUAAUAACACCACCACUGGAUCAGAGAAUGACGACGACGAUGGCAACGGUAACGGAGAAAGGGAUGAUGAAGAAGAGGAAGAAGAAAAAGAAGCAACAAUUCCACCGCCAUCAUCGGCGCCACCAACUGGAGGAAAAUUCGUCCGCUCCGUUUCUGAAUUCCACGGCGUCGGUGCGUACGCUGCGGAUGCGCACGCAAUGUUCUGCGACGGCAUCAUCGCCGCGCCGCCGAGAGAUCACGCUUUACGAUGGUACUAUGCUUUCGCGUUGGAACGAGAGAGCGAAAAUUUAUCCAAGAACGUUUUGUUUCUAAAGACGACGAACGCGGAAGAAGAGGAAGAAAAUGUAGAAAGAGAUUAG